CAUGUUGCUGCGCACUGUCCCCGCCUCUCAGUCUGUCGGCUGGUCCCAGUGGAGUGGUGGAGCCGCUCGUGGAGCUGUGUCCGGGGGAAUUUUCGGCAUUUCAAACUCCUCAGAUCACAUAGAACUAUGGCAAGCACAGCAUACCGCAUUGAAAGUGACAGCUUCGGUGAGCUGAAGGUCCCUGCAGACAAGUACUACGGUGCCAUGACAGAAAGAUCGCGGCUAAACUUCAAGAUAGGAGAUGAGAUGGAGAGAAUGCCUUUUCAAGUCAUCAAAGCAAUGAGUGUCCUUAAGAAGGCAGCAGCGGCAGUCAACCAGGAUUAUGGUCUAGACCCAGACCUGGCAACGGCCAUAAUGAAGGCUGCAGACGAGGUUAUUGAGGGGAAGCUGGACAAACAUCACUUUCCCCUGGUGGUGUGGCAGACAGGGUCUGGUACCCAGACUAACAUGAAUGUUAACGAGGUGAUCAGUAACAGGGCCAUCCAGAUCCUGGGUGGACAGAUGGGGAGCAAGACUCCUGUCCACCCAAACGACCACGUCAACAAGAGUCAGAGCUCCAAUGACACAUUCCCAACAGCCAUGCACAUAGCUGUGGCUCAGGAAGUGCAUGAGUGUCUGCUGCCUGGCCUCAGGACCCUGCACACGGCCAUGAAGACCAAGGCUGAAGAGUUCAAGGACAUUGUCAAGAUAGGACGCACACAUACACAGGAUGCCACGCCCCUGACCCUUGGGCAGGAAUUCAGCGGCUACACCACUCAACUGGAGUACAGCAUAGAGAGGGUCACUGCAGCCCUACCCAGGGUGUACCAGUUAGCAGCAGGAGGGACUGCUGUUGGCACAGGCCUCAACACCAGGAUAGGGUUUGCAGAGAAGAUUGCCUCCAAAAUUGCUGAGCUAACAGGUCUCCCAUUUACCACUGCGCCAAACAAGUUUGAGGCUCUGGCUGCCCAUGAUGCUCUAGUGGAGCUGUCUGGUGCCAUGAACGUGGUGGCCUGCAGCCUGAUGAAGAUAGCCAAUGACGUCAGGUUCCUGGGGUCCGGGCCACGCUGUGGGCUGGGGGAGCUGCAGCUACCAGAGAAUGAACCAGGCAGCAGCAUCAUGCCAGGUAAAGUAAAUCCCACCCAGUGUGAAGCCAUCACUAUGGUUGCAGCUCAGGCCAUGGGGAACCAUACAGCAGUCACUAUUGGGGGCAGCAACGGUCACUUUGAACUCAACUGCUUUAAACCCCUCAUUGUGAAGAAUGUGCUGCAGUCUGCCCGCCUUCUGGGUGAUGCCUGUGUGUCCUUCACCAACAACUGUGUUGUAGGUAUCCAGCCUGACCAGGAUCGCAUCUCCAAGCUCCUGAAUGAAUCACUCAUGCUGGUUACAGCCCUAAACCCUCAUAUAGGAUAUGACAAGGCAGCUAAGAUUGCUAAGUUAGCACACAAGGAGGGAACUACGCUGAAAGAAGCUGCCCUCAAGCUGGAAUUUCUAACCAGUGAGCAGUUUGAUGAGUGGGUUAGACCACAAGACAUGCUAGGACCAAAGUGAUCUUUCUGAUCCUAUAGCAACAUCUACAAAAUAUCCAAAAGUGCCCUUGAAGUGCCGUGAAAAUUGGAUCAGACUGGCUACAAUACACUACAGAUUAUCAUUAUCAAAAAUCAUCUGUUAUUGUUUAAAAAUGCCUUACUCACAAUGCCACUGAUGUGGUAAAUUCAGCUUGUAUUAAUGGAAUAGAGACUAAAUCACCAAAUUACCAGAAAAGUCUUGUUGCAUCUGUACAAAUAUUUAGAACAGAUAUUGAAGAACUAUUUUGAAAUAUAUCAACAGACCAAGAUGAUUUAUGUUAGACACAUGCUAAAUCUUGUGAUAUUUCACUAUUUCAUGAAAUUGUUUGUUAUUUUCACCCAAUCACAAAUGCUACAUAAUUGAAGUCUACUGUACAAUG